AUGUCAACGUUUACCAAAUUAAAAUCGGAUAUUGUAUCAGGAUCGCUUGAUAAUUUGGAAUUCUGGGGUGAGAUCCAAGACGAUCAUCUAGUUCCACACGGUUUAUUGGCCGAUCAAAGUGCAAUGGAUGAUAUUCCUGUUGGUAUUUAUAUUCUCGAAAACGAUGGCCUAGUCAUCAGUUGCAAUAAGGCAGCUAUAGAUGCUUGGGGUCGUACACCAUCGCUUAAAACAAGCGAAAAGUAUUGUGGUGCACAUAUCCUUCGAUAUCCAUCGGGUGAAAUUAUGCCACAUCAGCAUGCACCACCAUCAGUAGUAAUCAAUAAUGGAGCUACAGUAAGAAAUGCUGAUGUGAUUUGUGAACAACCGAAUGGAAAUCGUCUCCUGGCACUUGUCAAUGUUUUUCCAAUUCGUGAGAAAGAUUCUCAAAAUGGCAACGUCAUUGGAGCUGUGAACAUUUUUCGUCAUAAUACUAACAAAACAGUUCCUGGUCUUGUCAUUUGA